AUGCAGAUUUUCAUAUCAAGCAUCGAUGGAGAACUUCAUGCGGUCGAUAUUAGCCAAACGACUACAGUUGCCGAUCUAAAAGCACAGCUUGGUGUAUCCGAUGAAAUAUUGUCUUAUGGAAGUAAAAUAUUGGAGAAUGAAACCGUUUUGCACGAACUUGAUCUUCAUCCUGGAGUCACUUUUAAUUUAAAUGCACGACUUCUUGGAGGUAAGGUGCACGGUUCUCUUGCUCGAGCUGGGAAGGUUCGAGCUCAAACCCCUAAAGUCGAGAAACAGGAAAAGAAAAAAAAGAAGACCGGACGUGCUUCAAGACGCAUUCAGUAUAAUCGGCGAUUCGUUAAUGUUGCUGUUAGUGGUCCAGGCAGAAAACGUGGUCCCAACUCCAAUGCUGCAUAA